AUGAUCAAGCAGCAGCCUGAACUCGUAAGGAUUGAGGAGGGAGAGGUGCGCUUCUUGCAGGCUGCGGUGUACGACAGUAGAAAGAACAGCAGGACUGCAGAGAGAUCCAUGCGAACACAAGGUGCUCUGCAUUGGAUACGUGCGGCAUCCAUUGCACUCGCAGUAUCAUUUCUCAUCAUCUCUUGCAUCCGCCGGGCCAUCGAUCAACAACCUGUGCAAAAUGGCGCGCGGAGGCGGUUGGCUGGGCUUCAGGGAAAUGGUGGUGACGAUGGCUUAUGCUCUGGGCUGCCGCCUUCACACCAACCCGAGCGGGCAGAGAGUAUACAUUCUCACCAGGAUGAGCAUGGGGUGCCAAUGGAAACAGGGGGAGAGGGGCAGGAGCGUGAAGGUGAGUCACUGUUAGAGGCAGCAGGAAAAGAGGGGGAGAAGCAGAGGGUAGAGCCACUGGGUGGGGCAACAGUGGAGGAGAGGAAACUACAGCAGCAGGGAGAGUCAAUGGGAGAGACAGCAGCGGGAGAGGCGGAGCAGCAGCAUGGAGAGUCAAUAGAUGAGGCAGAAAGAGGAGAGAUUCAGAAGAAGCAGGACGAGCCGAUGGAAGUGGGAGGAAGCUCAGAGGACAGUCAGGAUGAAAGACGAGAGACCAGCGUGUCAACGCCCACCCCAGAUGAAGUUGAAAAGGGGGCAAUGAGUCCAAAAUACCCGGAAUCACCUGCUACGGGAGAGCCUGCCCCAGGACCGUCUCGCGUUUCAGGAAAGCGAAAAGCAAAGACUAAGCAUCUGGAGCCCCCCCGUCCUAUACUGCCGCCCCCAGAGGAGGAAGAAGAGUAUGUGGCGCGCACAGUUCCCCGAGCCCCCAAAGCACCCCGAUAUCCCAGACUCUCCAGAGAGGAAGAUCCUGAUGAGGACGAAGUGCCAACAUAUCGUUGGCCCACGGGGUUGUUGUAUGACAUCGAUCCCAGCAAGCUUACCGCUGGAAUGACGCAUCAAACUGGCGUAGCUGGGAUCAAACCAGAGGCGCAAACGAAACCCGAUAGCCGAAAGCGUCAGCCGAAGACGAAUGACCCCAAAAAGCAAUCAGUCAAGCUCAAGACGCUAACGUCUAUUCUUGAGAAGUCUGUGCAGACUGCAGAUGAAGUUUUUUCGAGUGGUGGUGAGGAGAAUACGACAUCAGCCCGGUGGCUUGUGGGUGAAGUAGUGCAGGCGCUAACUGUACAAGUCGACGUCGCACGCGAAGAAGCACAAACCACAUCUUCAGAGUUAGAAGUUGAGGAGCUUUGUGCUCUAGCCGACGCUGCAAUGCUUGCAGCACAGGAGUGGGUUCUAAGUCAUGGUGGGCCGACGGAAGAAUCCCAGCCUGUCCAGAGGGGCCGUCACCACGAAGAACAAAGAAGUAAAGUUGCUGUCCGGAUGUUGGUCUUAGCUCUGGCCGAUCAGAGGAUCAGGCGGCAAUCAGUUUUAUUCAGAGAGGCAGUGUCUGACCAAGCACGAGGCGAACUCAUGAAAUUCGAAGCCAUGGCGAAGCCAUUAAUUGCGAGUACAGGGUCUAUGCGUGAAAACCUACGAUCAGAAAAACAGCAUGCUGCUGCUCGGAUGCUUGAUGCCUUGCUGGAUGCAGUAAAAGAGUCAACAGCCGAAGCUACAGCUUUGCUGUCAUCAUAUUCUAUUUUGGGAGCUGCCCUUAAACUGCCUAGCCCAGCAGAAAUCGUCCGGGAGUUAUUGGAUAACCUGGGUACGGCGACUUUCAGAGUCAAAACAUGGUUAACGCAGUUAGCAUACGGCGCGGACUCAAACGCUCAGAAGGCAGUACAGAAGGAAAUAAUGGUCUGCAGAAGGCUUCUCAAAGAAGCCCGUCUACUACUGCAAAAAGGAGGCCUGAAAAUGCGUCAAUUGCAACGUCUCGCUAAUGCUGCCUUCACGUUGCAGGAUAGCCUUGACUUACUAAGAGCAGUACUGGAAAGCACUAGGCUGUGA